AUGGAUCGGAACAAUCUCUUCACUCUCGCAUUCAUCUGCAUUAUCGUCGCUGGCGUCGGAGGCCAGUCACCUUCCGCAGCCCCCACCACUACUCCAGCCGCAACAACUCCAGUCUCAUCCCCUGUAUCCGCCCCUCCCAAACCAGCUUCACCAGCUCCCGUUGUUUCUCCCAAAUCAUCACCUCCAGCUACAUCCCCCAAAGCCGCUGCACCUGCUCCGGCAACCAAUCCUCCAGCCUCAUCUCCACCGGCCGUAACACCAGUCAGCACACCACCCGCACCAGUUCCGGUCAGCUCACCACCCACUCCUGUUCCAGUUAGCUCACCUCCCGCAGUGACACCCGUGGUGGCUCCAACCACACCGGAAGUACCAGCUCCGGCACCUAGCAAGGGAAAGAAAGGCAAGAAACACAGUGCUCCAGCACCAUCACCAUCGUUGUUGGGUCCACCUGCACCACCAUCAGAAGCACCUGGACCAAGUGGAGAUGCGUCUUCACCUGGACCCGCAUCUAAAGCAAACGAUGAGAGUGGAGCAGAAGCUAUCAGGAGUUUGAAGAUGCUAGGAGGCUUAGCUUUGAGCUGGAUUACUGUUGUUUUGGUCUUCUAA